UUGACGUAAAUGUCACUGUCACUGCCAGUUUUGUUACUAAACAUUCUAGUCAAAUUUUGCCAUUUUAAUAAAAAAUGAGUGAUUUAAGCAGUGAUGAAAAUGAACCAACUCACGUUUUAUAUAGAGAUAGACCGGAAUGGAAAGAUGUAACCCCUGUAAAACAAGAUGAUGCUGAUGAACCAGUCGUAGCCAUUGAUUAUACUGAGGCUUUUGUGGAUUGUUACGACUAUUUUCGCGCAAUUGUACAAAACAAAGAAAUAUCAGAGAGAGCCCUUGAAUUAACUAAAACUGCUGCAAGUUUAAAUCCUGCGAAUUAUACUGUAUGGCAAUAUAGGCGUGAUAUUCUCAAAGGAUUGAAUAAAGAUCUUCAUGAGGAAUUAGAUUAUAUUGAAAAGGUAAUUUUAAGACAAUCUAAAAAUUAUCAAGUUUGGCACCAUAGGAAAAUUCUUGUGGAAUGGCUGCAGGAUCCUGCGAAAGAAAAACAAUUUACAGAGGCUGUUCUCGUUAAGGAUGCUAAAAAUUAUCAUGCUUGGCAGCAUAGGCAGUGGGUCAUUAAGACAUUCAAGCUUUUUGAUGGGGAACUGAAUUAUGUUGAGGAUUUAAUAAAUAAUGAUAUUAGAAAUAAUUCUGCUUGGAACCAAAGAUAUUUUGUUAUUAAUAAUACUACAGGAUUCACAGAAGAAGUUCUGGAAAGAGAAAUUCAAUACACAUUGCAUAACAUAAGACUUGUUACUGAAAACGAAAGUGCGUGGAAUUAUUUAAGAGGGUUGUUACUUCACGACAAAGCUGGAUUAAGCAACAACAAAAAAGUCACCGAAUUUUGCAACAGUCUAUAUGAAUCUGGCAAUAGAUCGCCCUUUUUGCUGGCUAUAAUUGUAGACAUGUGUUACGAACAAAUCACCGAAGGCUCUGGAGAUUCCGAAUAUACGUUAGAAAGAGCAAAACAGCUUUGUGAAGAUCUAAUCAACAAGUACGACAAAAUAAGAGCAAACUAUUGGCAACAUAUGUUGGACACGCUUCAAAGUUCUAGUAAAUCUGACGUGGCGUCGGGUACUACCAGUAGUUAAGCACUGAAAAUGUUAUUAUGUAUUUUAAUUUGGACGGUUAGAGUUUUUGGCAACGGAGUUACAUUUAUUUCAGGACUAUCAUUUAUAGAUAUACAGUGCAUAUAUUUAUAUGUAAAAUGGGAAUGUGAUUUUAUUAAUUUUACAAAAAUUUGAUCUUUGUUCUAGUUUUUUGAAAUUAAUUAUACAUUAAUCCUUUAUUGCAUGUUAUAUGUUCAUUUAAAAAAUUGUUAAAUACUCUAAAAUUAGAAGGAUUCUGUAUCAGUCUCCUCUAAGAAGAUGCCCUAGGUAUCAAUCUAUCUGAUCUAAAUAUUUUGAAGUUUAAUUAUCAUUCAUCAAUUCAAUUAUUUCAGACAGGGGGUUCUCUGAGUCUUCUAUUAUUCAACCUGAUCAUCGAUGAAAUAAUAAAAAAAGUAAGAACUAAAAAUGGAUACCAAAUGGGAGAAAAACAACUUAAAACAAUCUGCUAUGCAGACGACGCAAUAUUAAUAUCUCAAAGUGAAGAUGGUUUACAACAUAUGCUGCACCAAUUUAAUAGUAGUAUUCGCACUGUAUAAUCCGAACGUAUUCAGAGUAAGUUCGGGAUUAGUUUUCAAGGCGCAGGCGUCAACGUAAACUUAUCCUGGACAUGUUCAGGAUUUUUCGCUCCACGAACAAUUUUCGGAGUCGUAAUGUAAUGACGGGUUGCAAACAUUAAGGUUAGAGAAGGAAGCCUUUUCUUGUCCCUUUCUUAUUUCGAAAUCAAUGUCAACAAAAAACGCAAAUGCAACAAAUUUGUAUUUCAACAAAGAGAAAGAGAAUAACAGCAACAGGCAAAGGAUUAACUUUCUAUUCAAUGCCUUUCUUAGAAGUUAGAAAUUUGAUUAGCGUCUUUAUUAUUUCGACAAUAUAAUUUGGUAUUUCCACGCCGAAAUCCGGCUUAAAUUUUUGUAGAGAGUAAAAGAUUGUUGAGUUACUUGGAAAUUGCAGCUUGUUCCUUAUUAUUUAGAUAUAAAAAUUACCUUUAAAUUCCUGGGGGUUGAACAUUAUCUGAAGAAAGGAAUAAUUUAGUAAAGCAAUCAUUUCCAAUUUUGAUAUAUUGAAUUUGAUAGGUUGUGGCAUUGUGUUGUGGUUUAUUAUACCACUAAAAUAAUGAAAUAUAACAAGACACAACAAAUAGUUUCAGAAUAAGUUUGAUGUGUUGUUUAUGAUUCAUUAUUCAAUAAGAGACUAAUUUAACUCAUAAAUUAAACUGAAAAAGAAACCACAAGAAUAUAUAGGUACUUAUAAGCUCAUCUAGAUAAAAGAAAUUAAGUAAAAACAGAGUACAAUUUAUUGCAAUUCUACCGUAAUAGCUAAUUAUCGAAUAUCGAAUGAAAAGUAAUAAGAUGAUAAUACUAGAAAAGGUACUUAUACUUAUUUAUAAACAUACUAAAUGGAAAACAUUGACAAAAACAACUAAAAAAGAUUUAAUAUAACAAAUAUUAAAAUGUGUUUGAAGAAUAUUGAAAUGAUACAACACUUCACAUAAUUUAAAAACCAGAAUCUACAUCUACAAGUUGUUUAACAAAACAAUAGUUUAGGUUUACAAUUGGACGGAGUAAAAACAGAAUAAUGGUCAGAAUGUCAAGAAAUUCUUCCCAAAUAUUUUGUGCGCCUGUGCGAACUUAAAAUCCGAAACAAAAUCGUAGAACGUCGUCCGGAGGAUGUUCAGAGGGAAAAAUUCGAGCUCCGCGAACGAUCGAUUUUGUAAUGCGCAGGCGUUCUCUCUCUGGGUACGUUCGGGUUGUCCAGCGCGAACAAAGCUAAUAUAAUCGCCAGAAAAUUUAACACGUUAAUGUCCCCAAAAAAGACAAAAUGCAUGGUUAUGACAACAAAUCUACUAAGCUGUAAAUUAGACCAUCACACUAUCUAGCUACGGAAAGAUCAGAAUAGAAGUGGAAGAUUAAGUGAAUAGAGCAAACAGAGCCACAGGUUGCCUGAAUGAAACAAUAUGGAGAAAUAAAAAUACGGGGAAGAAAUGAAAGGUAGAAUUUACAAAACACGUCAUCUGACCAAUAAUGACAUACACGGCAGAAACACGACCUACACAGAGAGAAUAAAAAGAAUGCUAGCAACAGCAGAGAUUAAAAGCCUUAGAAAAAUCGAUGGAAAGACUCUAUGGGGCAGAGCUAGAAGUAUAGAUGUUCUACGGAGAUGCAAGGUGGAGAACAUUAAGGACUUGGUAAGAAAUAUAAGAGUAGAAUGGAACGAUCAUAUUAUAAGCCGAAUGACAACAAAUAGAUAAGUAAAGAAAGACAUCCAAUGGAAAGACCACGAAAACGAUGAAACGACAACUUACUGGAGGCACAUUAAAAACAAAAGCAUAGUCAUGUCUACACAAAAAGAAGAAAAAUAAUUACUUUAGCUAAAUUCUCAUUUACUAUACCAACUCAUGUAGAUGCAAAAUUUGUGUGUCUGUGUUGGUAUUUUCGAUAGUCCAUGUCAAAUAUUAUUUCAAACGAAUUAAAGUAAGGAUAAUAUCUCUUUUGUGUAUUUAAACAAAAAUUUGUUUAAUAUGAUGCAAUAAAGGAUUGAGGAGUAUAUUUUUUGGAGUUUUCCUACAACUUCCAUUGCACAUCAUGGAUCAGCUAUUAUUUGAAUUCUUCUAAAUAAAGUAUUGUUUUAGUUUUAUUAAAUAUGUGAUAUUGUUUAUCACUAUUUUUCUACACUACUUUUCCUCCUUUUUUAGUAUUAAUAGAAUGAGACUAAACGUGAAAAAAAUAAUUAUUGUAUAUGUUUUUACCUAUAUUUAUAUUUUGAAAAACUGCAUGACGUAGAGGAAUUACAGGGUAGUUAAUUUUAUGAGAACUAGUUGAAUUAUUGAUGAAAUGCAACGGAAAUUGUAGAAAGGAUAGAUUAUGUUUAUAUUGAUUCGAUCAAGUUUUUCAACAGUAAUCUAAUGCAAAUUUUAAAAUCAUUGUAAUUUAUACAAUUUCUACAUAAACUAAAUCAGCCCUGUGAUGUAUCACCAAAUUCCGUGUGAUGUAUCGCUCACCGUUACGAGAUAAGUUAUUUCCCAGAAGUUAAAAAAGAAGUAAGUAUUGUUUUGUCUAACAAAGAGUACCUUAUGUAGAAAUAGUGCAAGUUGGAACGAGAAAGGGAAUGAUGAGAAGGUAUACCAUAAAACUAGAUAGAACAGUAAAAUCCCUGGAUGUUUAUAAUUUAAAAUCAUUAUUAUUCUUGUGUCUCUCGAUUUGUCUUUUGUAUAAUUUUUCUAUUUUUUAAAGUGUGUAUUGCCGUUCUAUUUUUAAAUUAGCCCUAUUUUUUAAUUUUCAAUUAUUGAUUUAAUUUCAUUAUUUCCUACGUAUUUUAAUUGCUCUUUUAGGUCUUCUUUAGGCGCAAAGUUAUACUUCUUUAGGCGCGAUUAGGAGUGAAUUUUUAUUAUUCUGCGCGCAUGCGCACACAGACAGUAUGCAGUUCGUUACUAAAUGUUUUAAGUUAUGUAUGUAUUAGUCCAAAAAAGGUAUGUAAAGAAUAUACAUAUUAGUGUUUUUAGUAAACAAGUGAUUUAUUAUAAUUUUUGUAUCUUUGGAUUUGUCUACCUCGGGAAUAAGAUAAUAAGUAAUAUUUAAAGUAUUUUUAUACUUCACUUGGUCUAUUUGACACUAUGUCUCAGAAAUCUUGUAGUCCGCACCCGCACAAACAAAAGAAGUAAGCUCAGUGGUAGAGCGUUAGCGUUCGACUGGAGAUCAAGAGGUCCCCGGUUCGAAUCCGGGUGUUUUCUAUUUUUUUUUUUUUUUUAUAAUUUUUGGUAUUGUUUUAAUAAAAAUUUUUGGAAAGUACUAAGUAAAAAGUAGUUUAAUCCUUAAAUAAAAUAUAAAUAAACUGUUCGAAAGUAUAUGUAUUUCGUUGAAAUCAUAUAAUAGAAGUAUAACUUCUUACGUGCGUACAAAGUACACACACACAUUCUUUUUGAUGUUUUUAAUUUUGUGCCGAUUAUAUUUUGAUAUUAAAUUUGAUUGAUAUAAAAUGCCGCGCAAUAUCCUGGGACGACCUGAAGCGUUCGUGGAAUUCAAACGGUUUUGUUGAAUCAGAAAAAAGUUUAACCCUAACCUUAUAAGUCCUUACAUAACUACAAAGUUAUCUCGUAACUUCAUGUAUAACGUCGCCUUAUAAAAUGACAGUUGAUACAUCAGAUAGCUCAAGAAGUAGCGCAAAUUAAGUUAAAUAUGAUGUAUGUAUGAUACAUUACACCAAUUCGACGAUUAUAACUUAACUACAGGAUAAUUUUACGGUAUACCUAUUUAACUUGAUUACUACAUCACAGGGCGGAUUAUUUUUGUACUGAUGUAAUUUUCCGUUGGUUAAUUGAUUUGAUAUUUGUAUGUAAAUGAUUGGUAAUUUGCUGAGCAUUUGCGGCUUCCUGUUCCUAUUAUUUCUGCAUGAAAUCAAAUGGUAAUCAAGUAUAGCAUUAAAAAAUGCGUUUCUUUAAAAAAUAUAGACUUUUUAAUUUGAACGAGGUAUAUUAUAAAUGAAUCAAUUAUAUUAAGCGUGGUGUCAGACAGGGAUGUGUUAUGUCACCGACAUUGUUCAAUGCCUACACCGAGCCAAUUUUUGAGAAAGCGUUAUAUAUUCGUCGCGAAGGUGUUAAAAUCGGUGGUGAAAUUAUUAAUAACCAUCAUAAUCAGAGACGUAGAUGACACCGCCAUAAUGGCAAAGAGUCAGAAGACCUUCAAACCCUGUUUAACGCUGUAAACAAUGAAUGUACUGCAAGGGCUGAACAAUCAAAGAAAACAAAAUGGAUGGUUAUCGGAAAAAUUAAUAUCGAAGACUCAGUACUAAAAUUAGAUACCAAAAUCCUGAAAAAGGUGGAACACUUUAGAUAUCUGGGUAGCUGAAUUAACUGCAGGGUUGAAAGUGCUGAGGAAAUUUCGGCCAGAAUAGAACUUACACGAAAAAGCUUUAUUAGCUGGCGUUCUGUAUUGUGCAGUAGAAAUCUGUCAUUGACCACACGUCUAAGAGUAUUGAAGUGCUACGUUUGGUCCGUUUUGUUCUAUGGAUGUGAAACCUGGACAACAAAAUAAAAAAUCCUAACAAAUGAGAAGCGUUCGAGUUGUGGUGCUACCGUCGCAUACUCAGAAUCCAGUAGACAAGACACAUAUCUAACGAACGUGUGCUAGAGACCAUGCACAAAGAGCGAGAAUUGAUGAAACAUCAUAAAAACAAGAAAGGUUCAAUACUUCGGUCAUGUAAUGAGAGGACCUAAAUAUCGCUUACUCCAGUUGAUCAUUCAGGGCAAAAUCGAAGGAAAACGCUGGGUUGGAAGUAAACAACUGUCCUGGCUGCGUAACAUUAGAGAAUGGACAGGUCGAACUGCCGAGGAAUUGUUUCAUAUAGCUGCCGAUCGAGAAACAUUUCAUCAGAUUACACGAAUUAAACAGCCGAUGUACAACAGACUAUUGAAGACCCUGGGACCAGUAGGGGACAUGCCACAAAAGAUUAUUUUGGAGAAAACACCAUUUUAAACUUAUUUUCAGAUCCUGAAAUCAAAUUUUAAAAUUUUCUCGGAAGUAAGGUCCACAAUCGUUUGGAAAUAUGUUAUUACAUACACAAUUAAAGUAACACAAAUGUCUAUUUAAAGGUUUUUGAGCUUUUGAACAUUUUUUGAAAAAAUAUGAGGCUUAUCCCUUUUGUACAAAAAAAAUUAUAUUCUAAAAAAUGAACUGCAGUCUUUGUCAUCUUCGCUUUUAUUUAAAAAUGGAUUUUGGUCACUUUGUUUCAGAAUCAAACUCAUCAAAGUCUCUUUUUCGUUUACAUUCCCCGAAUGUUCCGCUGCCAUGUUGAUUACUAAUGUGGCUUGUCUCCUGUUGCAAUAUAAAGUAAUUGUGACACAACGGGACUUACUACAGCGGCGCCAUCUAUGAGAAAAAAGCUACAAUUUUCUGUUUGGGACAUUAAUAUGGUCUUAGAGUGUGUGAUUUCUACUUUAACUCAUUUUUGACGAAGAUGUGGCUUGUCCCCUUCUGGUCCCAAGGUCUUCAAUUGUGCAACCGGAUUUAGCAACAAUAAGCUUCCGAAAAAAAUCGUCAAACUCUAAUUGCUCUAAUCAUUAACGAUCGCAUCAAUAUACCUCGAAUUAGUGUGCAUGUAUACCAAGAGUAAUAAAAAAAUGUCUAGAAAAGUGAAAGUAUUUUUUACUGUUAUAUUCUGUUUUACUAUUUCUGUUAGUGGAAAGUGAUCGUCUGUAACAUUUACAUGAACUUUAAUGUACUUAGAUAUACAGAAUACCCCUAUUAGAUCCAAAAUUUCAUACGACGAACUAUGUAUUGUGUUUUAAUGAAUAAAAUAUUUGUUAUUUGGACAAUAUUGUUAUCUCAGAAUUGGAUAGAUAGUAUAAGAUUGUGUAUUAACAUUAACAUAACGAUGGUGUCACGCAAAAUGUUGUAGUUAAACUACAAAACAUUAAAAAUUGAGUUGUCUUAAUUGCAUGGUAGAUUAUAAUACCGGGUGUCCACUUAUAUUUUUCCCUAUUUUAACUGCCUAUAACUUCUAAACGGCUCAAGAUAGAAAUAUGCGGUUUUCACUGAAAUGUUUUAUUUUAGUAAAAGUUUUGUCUGAAUCGAUGAAAUUUUUUAUAUCGCUUUCAAAUACGAAAUAAAAAAUGACGGAUUUUUGAAAAAAACUUUGUUGACUUUUUUUUAAUGUAACACCCAGUAUAUUCUUUUGUAAAUUGAAAGAAAGAUCAUUCACCUAUCUAGCGAUAUAAAGUUUUUCAAAAUCGGUUGUCAAAUCACUGAAUAAUUAAUUUUUAAAAUGAGAGGUGCAACGUGGAUAUCAUAUACCUAAAUAACAUAACUAAGGAAGUUACGUGAUUUCCACAUUGCAUCUUUCAUUUUGAAAAUUAAUUGCUCAGUCAUUUGACAACCGAUUUUAAAAAAAUUUAUAUCGCUGGAUAGAUAAAUGACCGUUUUUUCACGUUUUUAGGUAAAUGACUAUUUUUUAUAUCGCUUUUAAUUAAAAAAUGGCGGAUUUUUGAAAAAAAAACGUUGACUUUUUUUAUUAAAGCACCCAGUAUAUUUUUUGUGUCUUGAAAAAACGGUCAUUUACCUAUCCAGCCAUAUAAAAUUUUUUAAAAUCGGUUCCCAAAUGACUGAGCAAUUAAUUUUUAAAAUGAGAGAUGCAAUGUGGAAAUCACAUAAUAUCAUUUUGCUCAGUUAUGUUAUUUAUGUAUGUGACAUCCACGUUGCACCCCUCAUUUUAAAAAUUAAUUACUCAGUGAUUUGUCAACCGAUUUUGAAAAACUUUAUAUCGCUGGAUAGGUGAAUGACCUUUCUUUUAAUUUACAAAAAAAUAUACUGGGUGUUCCAUUAAAAAAAAGUCAACAAAGUUUUUUCAAAAAUCCGCCAUUUUUUAUUUCGUAUUUGAAAGCAAUAUAAAAAAUUCAAUCCAUUCAGACAAAACUUUUACUAAAAUAAAACAUUUCAGCGAAAACCGCAUAUUUCUAUCUUGAACCGUUUAGAAGUUAUAGGCAGUUAAAAUGGGGGAAAAUAUAAGUGGACACCCGGUAUUUCUAUUAAGACCGCUUUACAGCUUGCAAGAAAACUUGCUGCAAUACUCUUGCAUGCAAGACUUUCAUGCAAGUCAAUUGCAUGGUCUUUUACAGCUUGCAACCCGGCUUGCAUGCAAUUUGAAAUUUUACCCUUAACCUAACUUAUAAACUUUUGUUUUUUUUAAUUACUUUAUUGCUGUUUAUUUAACUUGGUAAAUUUCGAAAUGCCAAGACUAUCAGAAAUAACCAAAUAUAAAAGGAAAAAGGCGGUAGCAGCAACUUUAAGUAUUAUUAUUACUGCAGCCAGCCUUUUAGUCACUAAUUUAGAACACCGAGAUCGGAGCUGGUGAGUAAGAUCUUAGUUGAACAAGAAGAGGGGUAAUAAUGUAUCUCCAACAGAAUUUAUCCAAGUAGAUGAUGAAAAUGACUCUAAUUUUCUAGGAAUGAAUGUACAUUUUAAUAAACCCUUGGGAAAAAUUGAACAAUUACAAAGAAAUCUAUAUUUCGAAAUACUAUUUCUGCGAAACACAAAUUAAUUAUUAUCCUAAGGUACCUACUUAGCUAGAGGAGAGAGAGCUUCCGUAGCUUAAUAUACAAUUUACAAUAAUUAUAGAAUCUCAGAAAGUGCCAUUUCAUUAUUCAUUCAUUUCCAUCGUUGAUAUAUUUCACAAACAGAAAACAGCUGAUCGGCAUGUAUUCGUGAAUCCGUGUCGUCAAUGACAUUUGAUAUUGUGGAAAAAUCAAAUUCCCCUAGACUUGCAUGAAAACUUGCAGAAAAAAUGGCACCAAACCGAUUAUCGCGCAAUUGCAAGAAGUUGCAUGCAAUAGUCAACUGACGACAUACUGCGCAUGCCUUUAGGCAACUUUCUUGCGUCUUGCAUGUAGAAUUGCAAGCUGUAAAGCGCUCUUUAAAUUGUACAAAAAUGUUACAGUUGAAAAUACAAACCCACGAUGUGAAUAUUCAACUUGCAAAAAACGUUAACACUCAAUUCAAACCUUCAAACUAAAAAUCACUCAACGCAGUCAGCUAUUUCAAGUUUAUUUUGGAAUAAACACUCAACAUUCUGUAUCAACCCACAUUGGCGCCAUAACAGCUAAAUAGCAGAUUGCAAAACUGUCAUUAUCUUCUCCUAUUUGAUUAAUAGUUUUUAUAAUAUUAAACUUAAUUUAUUAAAAAGAUCCUUAACCACGAGUGUUAACCUGGUAAGUGUGUUAAAGAAACGAUACUAUUCCAGAAAUUUUUACUGUAGGAGAAAGAAUACCCGCGUAUUACCAAUAUUACUGUCGACACAGAGAUCUAUGAAACAUUUUAGAAAACACUACAAAAUUAUCAAAGAAAAAUUGAUAUAGCUUUGAAAAAACGUGGAGGGGAUUUUAUGGAAGACUUAUGAGGAUCAAAAAGUAGGUUAUUAAAUAAAAUCUGUAUUUUAAAAUGUAUAUUAUAUUAUCUCUACACAAUCAUUAUGAAUGACGCAGAUAAAGGUAAAUUAGAAUUAUUUGUAUUACCAAGUAACAAAAUAAAAUAAUUUAAGUGUACAAUAUUGAAAUUAAAGGCUAUAUUUAUCGUAAAGAUGUUACUUUCAUUCAAAAUGUGUUUUCACUUCUCUACAUUGAUACCUUAUUAUAGAAUUAAAUUUAAGGGGUAUUCUGUGAAAAUUUAGUAUAUAAUAAUUGAAUUUUGAAGCGUACAAUUGUAACUUUUUUAUAUUUUCAGAUGUACAUUCCAGUGUAUUGAACUUGUAACACAUUUAUAUCUUUUUUACAUUACUUGUUCCUUCAAUACAUUAAAGCCAUGGAAUUAAGCUUG